CCGGCCCGACCACGCCGUACGACAAGCCGGAGAAGUCGACGCCGGACCAGGCGUGGUGCGACCUCGAGGACGCGGGCGGGCUUGCGAACACGCUCCUGACUGUGGGCCUGAUCCCGGGGCUCGGCACCUUCAUCCUCACCUUCAUCUUUGCGGCAAAGGAGAUCGGCAAGGUGGGGCUCGUCCUCUCCAAGGCCGAGUCGCAGGGCAUCUCGAUGACGGCGCAAAAGUACAUCAUCGCCGGCUGCUGGAUCGCCUUUUGGGGCUUCCUCUUUGUCUCGAUGGUCGCGUACGCGGCGACGGUCCCAGACACACUCGGCGUCGGACUGCUCACGCUCGAGGCCUCCUUCGGCGUCGUCCGCCUCUCCUUCCUCCUCGUCACUGUCUUUGGCGCCCUCCUCAUCGUCACUCUCUUCGACCUCUGGCGACCAGACGGCUUCAUCGAGGCGUGGAUGGAGUUCUCAGAGACGCCCUGCCUCUCCGCAAAGAAGGCGCUCUACAUCGAGCUCAUGCUGCAGCUCGCUUGCUACCUCGCCAUGUUUGUCGACGAGGUCAAGUGGGAGAUGCUGCUGGUCGUGAUCUGCGCGUACUACGUGGACGCCAAGGUCAAGAACUUCAUGGUGAUGUACGUGGUGCUCACGACCGCCUCCAUCCUCUUCGACCUCAUCACGCUCAACUUCAUGCCGCAAGACUGGCAGGUCUACACGCCGGGGCAGGCAUUCACGCACGGCCUCUUCAUGGUCGUGCUCAUCCUCAAGUUCCUCAUUCUCGGGACAAUAUACCUGUACGAGAAGGAGAACGACGGCGAGAGCAGCGGGUGGAAGCAGAUGGCGCCCGACCCGGAGAAGGGCGAGGAGGACGAGAUCGCAGAGUAGGGCCUGCGUAGCAGCGCGGACUGCCCCCUCCGCGUGUGUGCGAGGGAGACCUCCCUAGAGCACUAGAGCAGAGCUCGCGCAACACACGCGCAGGGCCGUGCCCACCGGUCGCCGAGGCCGCGCACCCAGGCCCCACGGCGGGGGUGGCGGCGAGGGUUCGGAGAGCGGGGAGGCGGAGGGCACCCAUGUCUCGCGUCCCAGGGAGAGCUUCUUAAUGUGAUGUGCAUCAGUGUCUCGGUCUCUCUUGCGUUCUCUAUUGGUGCGGCUGCGGGUUUCGCGGCGCCUCUCUCGUGUUUAGAGGUCGUAAAA